AAAGAAUUAAACAAAAUCAAAUCACACUCGCUCUACUCCCAAUUUUCUUUUCCCCCUGAUUUGUUACUUUUCUCAAACAUUAUCGAUCAAUACUAUCUUGCUCCGUCCAAUUUUCACCUUAUUUUUCACUCUCUUUUGUUUUCGUUCUUUUCAUUAAACACGAAUACGAGGAUGGCACGUGCACGAAUAGGCACGACAUGAUUCGAACCGUGCCAGAACAUGGGCCGGGUAUAGCAAAGUUAACAAAUGGGCUUGUAUGGCACGGCACGAAAACUGACGGGCCGUGCCAAACACGACACGAAAUAAAUGGGCCCGAAGCGUGCCUGUGUCGUGCCGGUCCAAACACGGCCCAGCGCCCAUGUAAAACUGGUAGCCUAGUGGACACGUAUACCCGGGCUUAUCCGAACCACGAAAUCGGGUCUAUUCUUUCUAGCGAACCACAGACAAGCUGUGCAAGUUGGAGGCAGGAUUUUUCUGGUUAUGUUUGGCUCCCGGGAGAAUCUACGGAAAUUCACGAUAUGCCGGUGAUUUGUGGCUGUUUCUUCAGCACUGUCAUUGCUCCAUGGAAGCAGAAGGAUGUUUGGUUGUUCAUUCCUCUCCACUCGGGGAGGAAGAUUAGUCGUUCGAUUCACUGCUCUGGUAGCAAUGAUCAGCUACCCAAACAAAUUCAGCUGGGUUAUGAUCCUUCGGAGGAAUUGCUAGGACUCCCUGAUCCAAAAUCAAGGAAUAUUUCGUCUAGUGCAGCGAAGACAAGGUCAUGGUUUGGUCCGAAUGGACAGUAUAUCAGAGAGCUUCCUUGUCCAAGUUGUAGAGGGAGAGGCUAUACUCCAUGUUCUGAGUGUGGCAUUGAGCGGUCCAGACUGGAUUGUCUUCAAUGUAGUGGCAAGGGUAUAAUGACUUGUGGUCGCUGCUCUGGCGACUGUGUCAUAUGGGAAGAGUCAAUUGAUGAGCAACCAUGGGAGAAAGCUCGCUCGAGCUCUGCAUUCAAAGUAAAGGAAGAUGAUGAAGUUGAUAACUUAGAAAUAAAGUUGGAGACCAAGAAGAAAUCCAAGCGAGUGUACCAAUCUCCAUCUCCUGAAGUUGGACUGAAGAUUAGCCGAUCGCUGAAGAGUUUAAAUGCCAAAACAGGAUUAUUUAGUAACCGAAUGAAGAUCAUCCAUAGUGACCCAAAGCUCAGUGCCGAGAGAGCUGCAUCGAUCAAGAAAGCCAAAGGAACUGCUGCUGCUAGAAAGCGCACUUCUGAAUCCUUGAAGGCUUUCUUCAGUGAUCCAGAAAAUCGCCAAAAGCGAAGCAUUUCCAUGCAAGGCAUCAGAUUUUACUGCACAAACUGUGGAAGAGAAGGCCACAGGAAACAUUAUUGUCCUGAACUCAAGAAUCACUUGGCAGACAGGCGGUUUAGGUGCAGGUUCUGUGGAGAAAAGGGUCAUAACAUAAGAACCUGUUUGAAGUCGAGGCAAAAUAAUCGCAAAAUCACAGGUAGAAGAGAUCGACUCUGCAGGAUUUGUCGUCAAAGUGGCCAUAACCAGAGAACAUGCUCACAAGUGACUGGAUUAAUAUCCACAGAGAAGAGGCGUAAACAGAAGAUUAGAAGGAAGUACAGCUGCAGAAUAUGCCAUCAAAAGGGUCAUAAUAGAAGGAGAUGUCCUCAGAUUACAGGUUUAAUGGUAGACGAUAGUGUUAUGAAGAAAGGCUUUGUUGUUGCGACUUCUGAAACUAGAAGUAGAACAUAUAUCUGCAGUUCAUGCAAAAGCAAAGGGCACAAUGUGAGAACGUGUCCUAAUAGAAGCACGGAGCCUACAGUUUCAGAUUUACUGGCCAAUGGAGGAAGCUGAUUUCUCUGUGUCGCGGAGUUUGAGUCGUGUUAAGUUAAGUUGAGCUAAGAAAAUGGUUUACAAGGAUAAUUUAUAUUGUAUGAUUUUUUGGAAAUGAAACUCUAACUUGUGAUUAGCGGUUAAUUGGAUGCUAGAUGAUAAUAUUUUAUUUCGGUGUGAUCAUGCUUGGAUAUGGAUAAUUGAUGUCUGAUAUUUUUGUACAAUUACAAAGAUUUGGAGAAAUAAAAUAUUGUGAUUUGCAUGAGAUGUGGAAAUGUUAAUUGAAGUUUAAGAAGAAGGAUUGGAUAAAUGAUCUUUGUGAUUAUUGAUACAAUUGAUAAUGAUGUGUUGGGAUUUAGGAUGGUGUGGGUGGGAAUGAAAGGAGAAAGAAGCAUGUUCUUGAAGUAUCAUGUUGGUGAGAUGUGGGAAGAUACGGUUUCAAAUUCGUUUGAUUUGUAAAUAUGUUGGUAAUUGGUUAGAUUGGUUUGUAUAAACAAUUCGAACCAAACAAAAAGAAAUAUAAUUGUAUUAAAUUGAUGUGGCGGUUGGGAUAAACCAACCGAUCCAACUAUAUGGGCCGAACUGACUAUUUGAAGUUCAAUUUGGACAAAUACAUAAUUUAAAUAUUAAGGACGAAAACUAAUAAUUUUAUGAAGACCUUUGGCGAUUCAUAAAUACAUAGGAUUAGGAAAAGUCGGGCAGAUAGAAGGAGAACUCUUUUUGGUCCUUCAAUCACACUUUCUAGAAUGUGUCCUCAUCUUGGAACACAUUUUUUAGGGUUUUGACUUUUAAGUGGUAGAGAGCAAAGGGAUGGGCUCUUCACCUCUAAAGGUCAAAAUGAAGCAAGAAUAUCAUUGAUUGAUGAGAUUCUUAUGGUUUUAUCUUUCCCCACUUUCCCCAAGUUUAUGAGGAACUAAACCGUUUAUCGUUGAUUUGGUAGAAUCCUGAUUUUUUGUGUGGAAUUUGAUAUGAUUUGACUUGUUCCACAUAUUUCUUCCUUCGAUUGUCAUCUAUUGUACUUGAAAUUAUUCUCACUUGAUACUAAGUCACUAUUACAACUGCGGUAGGCAAGGGAUCUUGUAGGGCUUCAAACAUCCAAUUAUUUUCCGCCUAUGUCUAUGGUUCAUCGAUGCCUAUUAUUUUCGUCCCUAACUAUGGGGAUAAUUGGUUAGUCGGUUAAUCGUUUAACCCUCUCUUUAUAAUCGUUUAACUGUCAAUUAGUAAUAAGCCAAAUUUGACUACCGAAAGCCGACCUUUAAUGUUUAAUCAAUUAUUAGUUUUGCUUUGAUUAUCGGCUACACCGCUAACAUGAUAACCAUUUCCCAACCAUAAUAUUUGCCUCUUAUCAUUCCAAGAUGUGUCCCUUAGGCUGUCCACAAUCUCCUUUUUAGCCCCAAUCAAUUCUCUUCAACCAUGAGAGGGGGGGUAAUAAAAGGGCAAAGGCGGUUUUAGGGGGCUAAAAUGACACCUUUUUGUGUGUGUGUGUGUGGGGGGGGGGGGGGGGGGGGGGGGGGGGGGGGGGGGGGAAGAGGGGCUAUAGGGUGAGAACCAUUAGCCACUCACUCUAUUCCCUUUUUUUUUUUUUUUCAUUUGCGUUUAAAUGGUUUUUAGUGUUAUUUUAGCCAACAAAAUUGAUUUUGAUGAAAUUUUCGUCUGUUCGAUUUCAAUUUGAAAACCAAAAGUUACAUUCAAUGAACAGCUUUCAACGAACAACAAAAGUAUCUCAUAAAUUGAUUAAAUAAUUGAUUAAAAAAAACAAAUGUACAUGUUUGUUAUGGGUGUUUUUUAAACCACAAAAACUCAUUUCGUUGUAACUUUCGACCAUUUGAUUGUUAUUUAAAGAAACAAACAUUAAAAAUUAGGAAAGUUUGUCCGUUUCUACUAAAAACAAAAGUAUCUCCAAAAAUUUUCAAAAUCUUGAAAUUGUUUUGAUGAACGAAGAUCCUUUCGUCUAACUUUUGUCCAUUUCAACUAAAAAGAAAAGUAUCUCGAAAAUUGCUCAAAAUUUAUCGAAAUGUUCGUAUCAAAUUAUCAUGAAUGAAUAUAUAUAAAUUUUAAAUUAAAAACCAAAAUUUUCAUUAUUCAUAAGUUAGGAUUACUAAAUGCUAAAUAGAAAAUUACAUCGCCGGGGUUGUAGCAGUUUCUGUUUUUGAGGGGGCUAAAAUACUAAAAUAGCCUUAAAAACUCCAAUUUUUGCUCCCGGGUUGUGGUUAGCCUUAGGGUUAGAUAUCUGUUGAGAAAAGGGAUUGGUUGGCAAUGGCAUGUCACUUUGUGGUCAAUAACCAUGCACAACCCAACCACAGUUUGCCACAUCAGCAUCCCUCUCUCUUAUGAAAAUCCUUUAAUCUUUUCCCCUUUAAUCAUUACAGACGAUUUCACUCUCGUUUUAAGUCGAAAUUCAAAAAAAUUUGCACAAAUAAAUCAGAUUAAUUGUGCUCUUCAAAAUGAUAUUCACUUUGAUAUAUUUUUGGUAAAAAAAGAGGUAUUUUUUACUAGUCUAUACCAUGGUGAUAUUGAUUGAUAUUAAAAUAAGAACAUACCAUAUGGUAAGAAAGAGUACCAUGAACAUACCAAGACUGUAGGAUGGUUGAAUACAUGAUAGUAGGAGUAUACUAACUGUUAUUUAUGACUUUUAACAUUUUGUAUCACAAGAUACCACCCCCAUACCAGGGUGGUAUAGUGUGGUAUUUUUUGGUCCUUUAUUUUUUCCACACAAAAUUUUUUAGAUCCAAUAGAUCAUGAUGAACUCGUUUUUUUGUGCAAAAUUUUUCAAAAAUGACUUAAAAAUGAAGGAGAUACUAUAUGGUAUGGAGUUGGUAAUAAGAGAUAUGAAUUUUGUUUUUCAAAAAAAAUUGAAAAUGGAUCUCUUUUUGUGGAGCAUAACGAAAUCGUUCCAUUUGUGCAAAAAAAAAAAAUUGAAAUCCGAGUUAGAACAAAGAAGAUAAAAGUCGAUUAAAAAACUACGGAAAAUAAAAUAUUUUUAAUUCUCUGUCUUUAUAUUUGAAUUUUUUGGGCCCACUUAAAAAAGAAGGUUCAUAUUUAGUUAUGGAAGGAUGCAUAACCCUCUAUCCAGAGUCCCUCUAAUAAGUUAUAAUAAUAAAAACUACGUAUAAUAUUUAUUAUAAAUCUAUAGGAUAUAUUUUUUCCCCUUCCAAGGCAAGCCCAAAAGGCAUGGGACAAAGACUAAACACGAUUACAAGACCGACUCAAAUCUUACGCGGUAGUCCGUAUGCAAUUAGACUGCCGAUGAAAGAGCUUGAUAGGCCACUACAUGGGUAGCUCUGAAGAAGCUCCGAGGAGCAAAGACACGACACUGACGGGGAAAAAAAAAACAAAAACAAAAACCUAACGUCUCCAAGAUAGUCUCGCCAGCUAGUGUAAUUUCCUUCGACACAGUAUGUCGGAUGUCCAACAUCAAGUUGCCACAAAACAACAACAAAGAAAUGAAAAAAGACAUUAGUAAUCUUCAGCAGAGCAUGCUUAAUUAACCUCAUAAUUAUGGUGCAAACACAACCAUAUUUGGAUUUCUAACACAUAUUGUAGAGCUCGAAUAACUGGGUGAAGGGAAUACAGUGUAUCACUGAGUUUAGUUAUCCUGUGGAUUUUCUUUUGAAAUACUAACUACAGUGAAUCCCUGAAGAUGAAGAACCACGUCUUAAAGAUGUGUGGUUUCUCGAUACUACAAUAUCUUCCUAUAUGUCUCCAAAUAGGGAUUGCUUAAUAACUUAUGAUCGUAAUGGUGAAUUAAAUAUGAUUGUGGAAAAUGAAAUUGUUUGCAAAGUAGUUGAAACUGAAUUCAUCAAGGUAGCAACGCUUGACUGUUCUUUUUUCCUUGUGACCGAAGUUAGACAUGCUCCAAAAAUUACUAAGAAUUUAUAUAUUUGAGUUUAUUAGAUAGUAAGAGUUUUAGUUAUGAAAGAAAAGGCGCAAAGUUAUAGGUCUACUCUGAAAGGUUAUGUUGUUGUUUCAUCAUGUGAAAGUUCACAAUGAGGAUAUAACCACUAUAUGUUAUAUGAGAGUUGUUUAUGAUAUGCUAAAUCUUCAUUCUCUAGUUCACAUGUUCAAUCAUUAAUAAAUCAGGAUCGAUCCACGAGAAUUAGUGCAGGAGUACCUCCAAAUUGGUAUGCCUUUGAGGUGAGAAUGUGGUGUCUUAUGCAUGCAUUAGGGAAAAUGUGGAAAUGAGUGAGCCAUCUACCUACAAAGAUGUUGAUUAGUGGUCAAACGACCUAAGGUGUAGUCACUUGCAAAGAAUUGUACUUGGGAGCUAGUCAAACGACCUAAGGAGAAAAAGAGUAUUACUUUCAAAUGGAUCUUCAAUAAGAGGAAGGAAUAUCAUCUAUAGAGAGUAUUAAACAUAAAGCUUGGAUGGUUACAAGAUGAAUUACACAAAGGGAAGGUGUUGAUUAGUGGUCAGACAUACUUUCAUCAUAGCGCUACUCGCAAUUGUUGCACUCAAAAUUAGGAGGCUAAGAAACUAGAUAUGAAGACACUUUUUUUCAUGAAAAUCUAGUAGAAGAUAUUUAUAUGACUCAAUCAAAAGGGUUUCAUGAUCUAGGAAAUUAAGAUUAUGGUUCUAAGAUGAAGAAGUCAUUUUUUAAUAGUAAACCAAUUUCCAAGGUAGUGGUAAAAGAGGUUUGAUAGUUUUAUGCAAUGUAAACAAAAAUCACGCUUUAAAAUUCAAAACAUUAUGUUUUUACACUUCUAGGUCAAAUGCUUCUAUGUUGAAUUUCACUUUUGAGUGCAUUUUGUGCAAUAUUGUAGUCAAAAUCGCGCUCUAACACUUUAAAGCUUACGAUUUUACGCUUAUAGGUCACCAAUAUGUAGCGACGUAGAAUCACACUUUUGAUUGCAUUUGUUUUAUGAUUGAGCUAGGCUAAACAUAAGUCCAUAUUAUCUUGUGUGUAUCAAAACAACGCUAAUGAUGUUUUGAUGAUUUUUCUUUUCUUGUAUGUAGAUGUUAUGCUCAUCGCUACAAAUUCCAAGUUUGAUGUCCAUAAGUUGAAUGGUCUUCUCAGUGCUGAGCUUUAGAUUAAGGAUUUGGGGGAUGCAUAGAAAAUCAUGGGAAUAGAGAUUUGCAGGGGAAGUGAUUAAAAGAAGCAUUUCUUAUCACAAUUAGAUUAUGAAGAUAUUGUCCAAGUUUGAAUGUCAUCAGCCAAGCCAAACAAUACUCUUAGUGCUUCCUAGUGUUUAUUAGCCUUUUAUGUACGAACCGUGAUCUGAAUUUGAGGAGUACAUGUCUCGAGUCCCAUAUGCUAUAGUAUAGCAGGAAGCUUGGUGUACGUUAUGGUCUACUGUAGACAUGAUCUUACACAUGUUGUUAGUAGGUUCAUGGUGCAAACUGAGAAGGAACAUUGCAAGAAAUAAAGAGGAUUUUCCAGUACCUUCAAGGUACAUAUGAUAUUGGUGUCAUUUAUAGAAGUGAUACAUAGUGCUUAGUGUUUGAUUAUUCUAAUUCUAACUAUGAUGGAGUUUUUGACACAAGGAUAUCUAUAAUUGAUUAUGGAUUCGCUCUUGGAAGUUCUUUUGUUAGGUGAAAAAGGAAACUUUGCAACCUACCAUUACUUUUUCUACUACUGAAGCAUAGUAGAUGUCAAUGAUAGAAGCUUCAAAAGAGGAAAUAUGGUUGAUUAGUGAUAAGGAUACACAUCAUGAUUAGGGAAUUGUAAAUUGUGAAAAUUUGAGUGCAAUAUGUUUAUCCAAGGAUGAAUUCUAUAAUAGAGGACUAAGUACUAGUGGAGGUAUUAUUUCAUAAGAAGAGAAAAGAGGAUUAAGGUGAUGAAAGUGAGUGUUGUUGAUAUUAUAUCGAUAUGUUCACCAAGUUGGUUAUGGCAAGCAUCGACGUUGCUUGGACUUGCUAAUGUUAUGAGUCCUUGAUCGCCCUUAGGAGAAUUAUGAGGCAGGAGAGAGUCUGGUACAUUUGACAACUUUUGUUGCAUCUCGUACAUUUGGUAUUUGAACGAGAAUUUAAGUCAACGUUGAGAUUUUUUACAAUGAUUUGGAUAUAUUUAUUGGCCAACGAUUAGAAAUCAUGGGGUCUCAUUUUCCAAUCGACAAGUUGGGUUCAUGAGGUGAAGUGUCCUUUUUGGGGAUCUUGGGGACACACCGUGUUCCGGGAUCUAAUAUGGGCUUUUACAUUAUUAUUUUUUUGUUGGACCCAAAUUUAUCCUAUUCAAAUUUUUUUUUUUUACAAUUGGUAGAUUUCAUUCCAUAACGAUUGAGGUACAAGCUUGACCUAUUACAACAGAGGGGAGAUCAAGUCUAGAAUCUGAAUCCAUUCCGAAGGGAGGGAUCCAAUUCUAGAUUCUUUAGCAACCCAGCCAACACACUUGUUGUUCCUACGAUGAGUAAAAGCCACACUAAUGUGGUCAUUAUGCGCGAGGAUAUGCUUCAUACAAUGAAUCCAUGCCAUCGAUUGCCAAGGCUAGGAUUAGCUUUGUCCAAGCAAGAUACUGAUGAUGAUUUGACAGUCGGAGAAGACCACAAACGGGAGACCCGAGUCCUCGGCCAUACGGAGAGCGGUCAAUAGUGCUUUAGCUUCCGCCACAAUAGCUGAAGAACAAAAUAAAGUCCCAGCCUUUUCGUUCAUUAGACUAGGUAACACAUAUCAUGUUAGUGGACCAUUUCAAUAUGUUUUCUUUAUGUUCUUGGUUUGUGAAUUACCUCCUCCGUCCUAACAUUACCACAUGUUUUUUUAUAUGCAAUAUAGGUAUUUAAUAAAUCCUUAUGCUCAUAGUUUUUUGUCUUAUAUUAAAUGGUUGAUAACCUAAUCAGUCUUUGGAAUUUAGUAAUUGAAAGAAUGUGUUGUCUUAGCUCAUUGGAACCCUUCAACAAAACUAGAACACCAAAAAUAACUUUAAAAAUAUUUGUCAAAGCAGGAAAACCAAAGAAUAGGAGAACAAAAUCGACGAUAUACGUCUGGCAAUCCACAUUUCCCGCCUUAUAUGCCUCUAGACCUAAUCAUUUCCAAUUUUCUUCCUUUUUUGCCAUUAUUGUUUUUUUUUCAAAUUUAGAAUUUUUUUAUUUAUUACUUUACAGUUUCUUUUUUCCCAGCAUGUGUAUAUAAAUAAUACAUGCCCGCCACCCUUCCUUGACUCUCAGGCUUUUGAAAUAAAAUAAAAAAAAACCCAAAAUCCUCUCACUCUGGCUGCCUGUCCGUCGGUGCGGACAGCCAAUUCUGGUCCUGAAUCUUUCAGGACCUUGGCUUUGAAGCCUGAGAAUUUCACCUUUCUUCUCCCGGGAUAAAAAAACCAAAAAGUUGAAAAAAAAGGGAAAACACAGGGAAAAAAAAAAGUCUCUAAUAUGGCUUCCGUAUCCAUCAAAUUUGCCUUUUUCUUUCUCGUGUUCGGCACAUUAAUUCCCUACCUUGAGUCUCAUAUUGCCGAUUUCGAUGAAUAUUGGCAACAAAAAGCCGAGGAGGCACAUCAGGUGUCCUUGGAGACGUACCACCCGGAGCCGUACAACGUGACGGAGCAUUUCAACGCGGCGGUUCACAUGGACCUGUUCGGUUCCAACAACACCCGCCGAACCUUGAGGAAGAACAGGGGCAAAUGUCUGGCCACCAACCCGAUCGAUCGCUGCUGGCGGUGCGACCCCAAUUGGGCCGACAAUCGCCAAAAGCUGGCCGACUGUGUCCAAGGUUUCGGGUACAGGACCCGAGGAGGAAAAGGAGGCCC